AUGUUUCAGGCUUUCCCCGGAGACUACGACUCCGGCUCCCGGUGCAGCUCUUCACCCUCUGCUGAGUCUCAGUAUCUGUCUUCGGUGGACUCCUUCGGCAGCCCACCCACCGCCGCCUCCUCCCAGGAGUGCACCGGUCUCGGGGAAAUGCCCGGUUCCUUCGUGCCUACGGUCACCGCGAUCACAACCAGCCAGGACCUCCAGUGGCUCGUGCAACCCACCCUCAUCUCUUCCAUGGCUCAGUCCCAGGGGCAGCCCCUGGCCUCCCAGCCCCCAGCGGUUGACCCUUAUGACAUGCCAGGAACAAGCUACUCCACACCAGGCAUGAGUGGCUACAGCAGUGGCGGUGCUAGUGGCAGCGGUGGGCCUUCCACCAGUGGAACUACCAGUGGACCUGGGCCUGCCCGCCCAGCACGAGCCCGGCCUAGGAGACCCCGAGAGGAGACGCUCACCCCAGAAGAAGAGGAAAAGCGAAGGGUUCGCCGAGAGCGGAACAAGUUGGCAGCAGCUAAAUGCAGGAACCGUCGGAGGGAGCUCACCGACAGACUGCAGGCGGAGACAGAUCAGCUGGAGGAAGAAAAGGCAGAGCUGGAGUCGGAGAUCGCCGAGCUCCAAAAGGAGAAGGAGCGCCUGGAGUUUGUGCUGGUGGCCCACAAACCGGGCUGCAAGAUCCCCUACGAAGAGGGGCCCGGGCCGGGGCCAGGCCCGCUGGCGGAGGUGAGAGAUUUGCCGGGGUCCGCAUCCGCUAAGGAAGAUGGUUUCAGCUGGCUGCUGCCGCCCCCGCCACCACCGCCCCUGCCCUUCCAGACCAGCCAAGACGCGCCCCCCCACCUGACGGCUUCUCUCUUUACACACAGUGAAGUCCAAGUCCUCGGCGACCCCUUCCCCGUUGUUAACCCUUCGUACACUUCCUCGUUUGUCCUCACCUGCCCGGAGGUCUCCGCAUUCGCCGGCGCCCAGCGCUCCAGCGGCAGUGACCAGCCUUCCGACCCCCUGACCUCGCCCUCCCUCCUUGCCCUGUGAACUCUUUACACAAACACAACAAACAGACACGCAAGGGAGAGCGAUUUGAACGAGGAUGAGAGAGGGGAAGAGACAAAUUGGGUGCGUGGCCUCCCUGACUCUUCUGUCUGACCCUCUGUCUCCACUGCCGUCGGACGAGAGGACCUCUUGUGUUUUGUGCCACCGCUUGCUUGUGUGCCCGGGCGAGGCCGGAGAGCUGGUGACUUUGGGGACAGGGGUAGGGAGGGGAUGCACACCCCCAGAUGCCUGUUGGUCCGCUGGCUUCAGCCCAACCUCUGGGGAUAGAGGGGCGGGUGGGGGUGACGCCCACCUUUGGCGUCCUGUGCUGGGCGGGGUGGGGGAGAUGGUGCGGAGUGGGCACGGGCUGCAGGUGGGCUGGAGCCCUCCCCAGAGAGGCCCAACAAGGAACGCGGCCUCCCUUGCUCUACACACCCCCUCCAGAGGGCUGACCGGGCUGGCUCCCCAUCCCGACCCUGCUUAUUUAUCCCACCUUUCCAUGAGUUAGACCCUCCUCUGGGCGGAAUGGAGGCCUCGGGCCCCACCCCCACAGCCAGCCCCGGAAGCUGAUGCUCCCUGUGAUAAUCAGCUCCCCCCAGACUUAUUCUGAAAUGUGAACUUCCUUCCCCGAUUGUCCAGUCGUCCCCUCCUAGACAAAAAAACCCCGGCUAGGAUGGGACUUUCUCACUCCCUAAGGUCCCCCCAUUCAGUCCCCCUCCCCAUUUCCGAAGGAUCUCAGUAUUAUUCCAAACUCCCUCCUUCCAGCUACUCCCUGGCCAUCCUUGUUGGACCUUUCUGGUUUCAAGCAGCAGGGGGCGCUGUGAGCGAUGCCUUCCUGCUGGAGUGCUUUAUACUGUGAAUGAGCAGCCGGGUUGUGGGGUGGGCCUGGUGGGACAGGACCCUGACUCCUCAAAGCCUUCCCUGGGCCUCCUCAACCCCUACCUGUCUCCUCCUCCCCUCACCAAUGUGUUAGACACAAAGGAGGAGCACAAUGCAGAAGGGGGUUGACAGUGACACAUCCACGUGGCCUCUCCCUCUCCCGGACCCCUGGCCUUUUUAUUGAAGUCCCCACCUUCCCCAGCCUAGGACGCCAACUUCUCCCUGCCCUUGGCAGCGAGGGGCUUGACAUUUUCGGGAGAAGUUUGAAGGGCUGAGGCUUUAGCCACCUGGACCCCCAAUAUUUUGGGACUGGCAAACAUGGAGAGGCUGGGCUCCCCCAGUCCCAUCCCUCCACUCCCUCAGCUCCGAAUUUCGGUUCUGCCUCUCCCACCUCGCCUCUCCUUGAGCUUCAACCGUGAGUGAGAAUUUCACCAAGAGGAAAAUUUCUAUUUUUUAAUAUGGGAGUGGCCCCGUCACUCUCUGUGUCGCAUGGACAACAUUCCACACCCUGUCCCACAUCUCUGGCCCUAAACCAGACCCACCCUUACCUAUUUAUCCCUUCCCUGAUUCCCAAAAGGCACUUAUAUCUAUUAUGUAUAAAUAAAUAUAUUAUAUAUGGGUGUGUGCGUGUGUGUGUGAGUGUGAGCGCUUCCGCAUCUACCAGUGUGCCAUGGAGUUGGAAAUGCUCUGGAAAUUGGCAUCAGCCUGUCUCGGGCUGUCUCUCUCCAUCCCUAGCUAACCCUUUUCUGAUUGUCUCAGCAACCUGGCUGGUGCAACAGUCUCCAGCCGGCUCUGAGCGUUUCUCCUCUGUGUGCCCCUUUGACCAUGUCUGACUGUCCCCAGUCCUCCAGCUGUGCACUCACUGGGUUAAUUGGGGACCUGAGAUAUUAGUUUUCUGAGGAAGCCUGAGGGAUGGUCAAUUUUUGCAGUCUGUAUGGUUGAGAAUCCUGGGUACGAGUGUGAGUUUGGGCAGGUCCUGCCCCUGCCAACCACAGUUUAUUGAAUCCCCAAGCCCCUCCCACCCCAUGCUGUAUUUGUGACUUUUUUUUUUGUAUUUUGCACCUGACCCUGGGGCUGGGGUGCCUUGUCACUGGGCUGCUCCACUCUGCCCUUGGUUCUGCACUGUCGCAAAUAAAAAGCUCAGAAAAAUGCA